AUGGCCGUGCCUGGCCAUGCCGCCGAAGUUCUGCGCCUGGAGGAAGCGGUCGCCCGCGCCCUGGGCAGUCAUCCGAGCGCCGCAGCUGAUGCCGCCCAGCUGGAGGCAACCCGCAGCCGUGCAGCCCGGGAGGGCCUGCCGGCGCCCAUCAUUCUGGGCGGGGAACUGGAGAACGUUGCUGGCAGCGGCAGCGUUUCAGGGAUGGAUGCCGCUGAGGCAACGUUCCGCGUAUCCCGCCUGCUGGAACUCGGCGGCAAGCGCGCUGCGCGACAGGCAUUGGGCGGCGCGGAGAUCGACGCGGCCCAACGGGCAGGGGACGUGACUCGCGUAACCAUCGCCACCCGAGCCGCAGGACGGUUCAUCGAUGUGCUGGCCGCGCAGGAGCAUGUGGAACACGCGCAGGAGCGCAUCGCGAUGGCGCGCGCCCUGCAGCGAGAGGUCGGGCGUUGGGUCUCGGCGGCGCGCAAUCCUGAUUCCGACCUGCGAGCGGCAGAAAUCGCAGUUGCCGACGCCGAACUCAAGCGCGAUCAGGCGCUGGAGCGUCUGGAGUCGACACGCCAUGCGCUCGCAGCUUCAUGGGGUGCGUUGACGGUCGACUUUGGCGCCGUCGCUGGUGAUACCUCGGUGCUGCCCCCCCUUGAGCAGUUCCAGGCGAUGGCCGCGAAGCUGCCUUCGACACCUCAGCAACAGCUUCUUGAGUCCCAGGCAGGCGUGCUGACCGCGCGCCGUAACGUGGCGCUUGCCGCCGCCCGGCCAGAUGUCAGCGUGGGCCUGGGCAUUCGCCGGCUGGAAGCCACCAAAGACAGCGGAUUGGUGAUGUCGGUUUCUGUCCCAUUGGGCAGCCGCAAGCGAUCAGCGUAUUCCGUUUCUGAAGUCGACCACGAGCUGUCUGCCCUCAGUGCCCGGCGCCAAGCGCAGGCCGUUGAACUGCAACAGGAACUUUUCGAUAUCUACCAGCAAUUGCGGCAAGCGCAGCUGGAGGUCGAGUCGGUACGCGAACGCCAGCUGCCCAAGGCCGAGGCAGCACUGAAGCAGAGCCGGCGCGGCUUCGAGGAGGGCCGAUUCUCCUAUCUGGCGCUGGGCCAGGCGCAGAAGACCCUGUUCGACCUUCGCGAGCGCGAAGUUGAAGCCGCCGCCCGCUAUCUCCGACUGCUGGUCGAGGCAGAUCGCCUCACCGCCUCCGCUCUGGACAUCCGCCCAUGA